AUGAAUAAUUCAUCAAUUCAUGCUGAACCAUUUGCUGAUAAUACUCGACAAUCAUUGUCAUUAACAACAAAUAAUAAUGCAUCAAUACCAUUACAAAAAAAAGCAAGAAAAAACAAAAUCAAAAGCAAGAAAAAAAAACAAAAAAAAAAUCCUAAUGAUAAAUGUGUACUUCAAAUUCAACGUAGUCCUUUCGAAACAAAAUUCAAUACAAUUGCAACACCUACAGAAAAAAAAGUUCUUGCAUCAUUAAUGUUAUCAACUCAUUCAUCAAAAAUUGAUUAUGAUAAAUCACAUUCAUCUAAUAGCGAUUGUACCAAAAUUGAUCAAUUAACAAAUGAAGUAUCAGAUGAUAAUAUUAGUCUUGAAGAAAGUUAUUCAUAUGCUGAUAUUAAACCUCAAAAAAGUCCUUCAAAUAUAGAUAAUAAACUUCAAAAAGGUUAUUCAAAUGUUGUUGAAAAACAACGUGAUGAUGCUGAACUUCUAUACAACGACAAUCUUGGGAUGCAUCAAAUGAAACUGCUUCUAGAUGAAUUAAAAGGUGAAUUAAAAGGUGAAUUUAAUAAAAGAUUUGAUCAACUCGACACACAAAUUAAGAAUGUUGAACAAAGGAUAGAAAAUGUGAAUGAAAAAGUUAACAAAAAAAUUGAUAAACUUUCUCAAAAAAUUGAUAACAUUUAUGAAACAAAUGCAAUACAAGUAAUAUUAAAUCGUCUUCGUGCUGAUCAUAAUCUUGACGUUCCUUACAUGCCAACUAAUCGAAUCUUCAGUGAAAAUUAUUCUACAUAUACGAAAAGUUUAUUUAAUCGUUUUCAAAAUUAUGCAAAACAGCAUUAUCAACAUUUAUGGACAAAAAUUCAUAAAGAUAUAUCAAUUUCUACUCAACCAGAACAAAUGGAAUUCGAUAUUUUAGGUUUUAGUUUUGAACAUUCAUCAAAAGAACGUACACUUAUUGGAUCUCCAAAUUUACAACCUGUUUUGGCACCAUCAUCAUAUAGCUAUUUAAAACCAUUUAGGGCAAAUACAGUAAUAAUUGCUGAAGUUACUACCUCAUUCCUGACUUUUCAUAAUGAUCAUCUUUUACUUUGCGAAAAAAAGGGUAGAUCAAGUCAAACCAAUACUGAAAGAAAAAACUCAUCAUUUAAGUUGUUCCAAAAGCUUCUUCAGCUAGAACGUGGUCUUGCAUUUAUUUUAUUAUAUUAUAAUAUUCAAUUGGAACAUGUACUGGUUGUACUUUUUGGACGGUUUAAUUAUUCAAAAAACCAUCGAUCACCUGACUACAUAUAUCGAAUGUUAUUUGAAUCUUCAUUUUCAAAAAACAUUCCUUUAUUACAUAAAUUAUAUCUGCGUGAUCGUGAUGAACAAAAUAAACAACUUUAUUUUAUUUGUUAG